AUGGUAUUAAAAAACAUUUUCUUAACUUCAACAUUUUUAGUUGCAAAUUUAUUUUUCGCAAAUGCUCAAUUGACUGGUAAAUGGCCACCAGUUGACGUUCCUCCACCAUUCGAAGACGAAUGGAAAGGUUUGGUUGACUUUACUAAAAUUCCAGCUGCACCAAUCUCCAAACAACUUGGUGAUUGUCCUAAAGAUGAUUGGGGACUCACUUUCGAUGACGGGCCUACUGAACAAACCGGGAAAUUACUUGAUUUCUUGGACACAACACCCAACACAAAAGUAACUUUCUUUGCUGUCGGUUCUCGUAUUAUAGCCCAUCCCGAGUUAGUGAAAAGAGCUAUCACCUCUAUAGGAGUUCACACUUGGUCACACACACCUUUAACAACUCAAACCAAUGAACAAAUUGUUGCCGAAAUCAAAUGGACCGAACGAGCAAUUCAAGCAGCUGGCGGUGUCACACCAAAUACCCUUCGUCCACCACAAGGUGACUAUGAUGAUCGUGUGAGAGCAAUUGCCACAGCUUUAGGCUAUAAAAUUAACUCCCAAAAAUGUUUUAGAUGA